AUUAGCGGGUUACACGUAUACGUUUUGGCCCACGGUCACUUUGGAGGAUUGGAUUGAAUGAGCAUGUGUCUGGCAAUGUUCUCAUAAUAAAAUACAAUCAAUACAAUUCUGUCAGUAUUUUAAGGUGUUUUUUGCUUUCAACCGGGAUUUUGGAUUACCUGUUUUUUGAAAUUCCAACAUGAGUGCAGAGGAGCACAGUUGUUUGUUGUCAUCCAGAUCCACCUCAUGAAGGCAAAGUAGUUAAAGCCAGUGGCUGCGGGGCGUAAGUAACUCUCCAGGGUGCUGAAGUUGUCUCCAAACAACUUCCUGGUCUCCCCACCUGUCACUUGGCAGCCUGGCGGUUCAGGCGCGAUGACUCGGCUCCCAGCUCGCUCAGGGCAAACAGGUAAGCUUGCGAGGAUGGUGAGGUGACGCCUGGACUGCAGAGCUGUCCUGAUGACUUAAAAAGCGAAGCUAGAUGACUACUCUGCAGUGAACCUAAAAGGUCACUACCUCAAAUUCACAGCCAGGACAAUGCAACAUUUUCAACCGCUAUGGGAGUCCAACCAUCCAUUUGGGCCUUUAAUUAAAAGCAGGCAUACUUUACUGACGCCGUCUUUGUACAACCUUCUCAUAUGGGUCCUCCUUGGAUUGUUGACGUUCCCUUGCUGUGUCCGCUGUUUGGUAUUCAAAGUGGGCGUCCUGGGGCCUUGGAACUGUGACCCGGUGUUCUACAAGACGCUGCCGGCCGCCGCGGCGAGACUUGCUGUAAGCAGGAUUAACGAGGACCUCAGUUUGAAUUUGGGCCUGGAGAUCGACUUUGUCAUCCUGCAGGAGCCUUGCGAAACUUCCAAAGCUUUGACUGAAUUCAUACAAUACGAAAAUAUGGCGGAUGCGUUUGUGGGCCCCACUAAUCCUGGAUACUGUACCGCAGCAUCACUGCUGGCAAAGAACUGGGACAAGGCCAUCUUCUCCCACGGGUGUGUCAAUUUUGAGCUGGACCGCAUUACGGGAUACCCGACCUUUUCCAGGACAGUACCGUUUCCCUCCGAGGUACUUUUCACGGUGUUGAAACACUUCCGGUGGGCUAACAUCGUGGUGGUGUCAUCCAAUGAAGACAUCUGGAUGGACACAGCGGAGAGAGUGGCUGCUGCCAUGAGGAGGAAGGGGCUUCCCGUUGCCUUGGUUACGUCUGUGGGUAUCAACGAGACCCAAGUUGAGAGCACGCUGAGGAAGAUCCAAGACGCAGGGGAAAUAAGAGUGAUCGUCAUGUGCAUGCACUCUGUGCUGCUCGGAGGAGAGCAGCAGGCUACUUUCCUCGUCAAGGCCCAACAAAUGGGUUUGACUUCGGGCAAGUACGUUUUCGUGCCCUACGACGCCCUGUACUACAGCUUGCCCUACAACGUCCCCUACUUUCCGCUGCAAAACAACAGCAAGCUGAGUGAAGCCUAUGACGCCGUGCUCACAAUCACAAUAAUCUCAGACCCGAUUUCCUUCAACGAGGCGUACACACGGGCUCAAGAGAGCGGGGAAGUGAGGCUGACUGUGGCUGCCGAGAAGGUGAAUCCACUAUUCGGCACAAUCUAUAACAGCAUUUAUCUCCUUGCCAACUCCAUCCACAAGACCAGGAGAGCCGGAAUGCCUCUGUCAGGCUCAAACCUGGCCUUCUUUACCAAAAACAUAUCCUUCGAUGGCUUCAACCAGAAGGUCCUGGUCGAUAAUAGAGGUGAACUCAAAACCAGCUACAUCAUCCUGGACACCAGCGACGCCGGCAGUCAGCUGUACCCAACCUACGUGGUGGAUGUCACAUCCGGGCGGCUUCGGUUUGCCGGGAGGUCUAUUAGUUUCCCAGGAGGGUCUCCUCCACCGUCCGAUUCCAGCUGCUGGUUUGUUAAGAAUGCUCUCUGCAAAGGAGGCGUGGAGGUCACCUACAUCCUAGUGGUGUUUGGAGUCAUCUUGGCUCUGGCUGUAACGGGGCUUCUGAUCAGUCUAUACAUCAGGAGAAGACUCCAGCAAAUCCAACUGGUCAAAGGCCCAAAUCGGAUCCUGCUGACUUUAGAGGAUCUUACUUUCAUCAACCCUCAGAUUAGCAAGAGGAAAAUCACUUUAGAGGAUAUGAGUGAGUCCAGGAGUGCUGCGGAAGAGAAAUCAGCUGACCGCUCACAUUCAGUGAACAGCAUGCACACAGCGACGCAUGAGACCACCAAUGUUGCCGUUUUUGAGGGUGACUGGGUGUGGCUAAAGAAAUUUGAGGAUGGCCAGUUUAAGGAGGUGAAACAAAGUGGCACAAGGAUUUUUACCAAGAUGAAGGACUUGAGAAAUGAGAACGUGAAUCUUUUCCUGGGCUUCUUCACGGAGAGCUCCAUGUUUGCCGUGGUGACGGAGCACUGCUCCAGAGGAAGUCUGCAGGACCUGCUUAGGAACGAGGACGUCAAAUUAGACUGGAUGUUCAAGUCCUCGCUUUUACUUGACCUCAUCAAGGGUAUGAAAUACCUCCACCAUCGAGAUUUCCCACACGGCCGGCUAAAAUCUCGAAACUGUGUGGUGGACGGGCGCUUUGUUCUCAAGAUCACAGACUAUGGCUUUAAUGAGCUGCUAGAAUCUCAAAAAGCUCCUUUCAAACAACCACCACCUGAAGAACUUUUUUGGACUGCUCCUGAAUUCCUGAGGGAUCUCCCAAGCUCUCGUAAAGGCACCUACAAGGGGGACGUAUACAGUUUUUCCAUUAUUCUCCAAGAGGUGGUGGUUCGAGGACCACCGUACUGCAUGCUGGGCCUACCACCCGAAGAGAUCAUUCGAAAGGUUAAGAAACCCCCUCCAAUGUGUCGGCCCACUGUAGCUCCUGACCAGGCUCCUCUGGAAUGUAUCCAGCUGAUGAAGCAGUGCUGGAGUGAGCUUCCAGACAGAAGACCCAAUUUUGAUGAGAUUUUUGACAGGUUCAAAAUCAUCAACAAGGGUAAGAAGACCAACAUCAUCGACUCCAUGUUGAGGAUGUUGGAGCAGUACAGCUCCAAUCUGGAGGACCUCAUCCGAGAGCGAACGGAGGAGCUGGAGGUGGAGAAGCACAGGACGGAGAAACUGCUCUCUGAGAUGCUUCCACCCUCGGUGGCCGAGGCGCUGAAAACCGGCGCCACCGUGGAGCCCGAGUACUUCGACCAGGUGACCAUCUACUUCAGUGACAUAGUGGGGUUCACCACCAUCUCGUCGCUCAGUGACCCCAUCGAGGUGGUUGACCUUCUCAACGACCUUUACACUCUGUUUGACGCUGUGCUCAGCAACCACGAUGUCUACAAGGUGGAAACCAUCGGUGAUGCUUACAUGGUGGCAUCGGGCUUGCCGAAGAGAAACGGCAACAAGCAUGCCGCUGAAGUGGCCAACAUGUCUCUGAACAUCCUCAGCUCGGUGGGAACCUUCCGGAUGCGCCAUAUGCCCGACGUUCCUGUCAGGAUACGAAUCGGGAUCCACUCAGGGCCAUGCGUCGCUGGAGUGGUGGGCUUGACCAUGCCUCGCUACUGCCUAUUUGGAGACACCGUCAACACCGCCUCCAGAAUGGAAUCCACCAGCCUGCCUUACAGAAUCCACGUAAACUUGAGCACUGUGAACAUCCUCCGCUCUCUCAAGGAAGGUUAUAAAAUCGAAGUCAGGGGCAAGACGGAGCUGAAGGGGAAAGGCAUCGAAGAGACGUACUGGCUCGUAGGGAAGUCGGACUUUGCAAAGCCUUUGCCAAAACCGCCAGAGAUCAAACCGGGUGUCAACUGGCAGGAGAUGAUGACGGAUGAGAUCAAGAGCCUUUUUCGCAAGGCCAACAGGCCAGUGGACAAGCAAAAAAUGAGCGUAAAAGAAGGAAAGAUGUGAAAGGAAUGAAGCCAUAGCACAGAUUCCUUCUGGGAAAAGGAGAAGCGGGUCCGAGGAUGUAAAAGCGGUACCCGUGGCUUAACGCAGACUCCUUUAAGAGGAUUGUCCAUCGACUGGCUAAUCCGCCUGCAGCCGACACAGCGGAACACGAUGGUGCUAAUGUAAUGAGACUGGUCCUGUGACCUGCCUGCCUGCUGCUGCCAGUAGACCAGGGACUGAUCUUUAGUCAAAGAUGUAUGCACUUUUACUUGCUGCACUCACUGGCCACUGUGGGGGUCACCAAAAUGAUACAAAGAGGGGAUGUUCCCGGAUGCCUCGUUUAAAAUAAGAUUUGUAUUGUCUGUGUUAGCUUUGACAUGAAUGCUCUUAAUAGGGGACUUAGCUGGCUGGAUAUUGCACAAUGAUAAGUCCUAAAAUAUAAAGGCUACUUUUUCUAUACUGUACUAUAGAAAUGAAUAUUAAAAAAAAAAAAAUCUUGGAGGGCAUCAUGAUGCUACAAAAUGAAUAAUAAAA